GCAGUGUGGUUAAUGAUACAUUGAGCGGCUGUUAUGUCAUCAGCAAAAUUUCAGUAUAAAAGGUUUGUUCAUUCCUGGGCACUCUUUGCAUCCCCCAGUCAUGAGGGUCUUAGUGCUUUCCCUGGCUAUAGCCUUAGUGGCUGGUCAGAAUGUGAACCUUGCUCCUGAGUUUUCUGCCGCUAAAACCUAUGUGUACAAAUAUGAGGCACUGCUCCUGGGCGGUCUCCCUGUGGACGGUCUGGCCAAAGCAGGAAUGAAAGUCAGCAGCAAGGUUCUCAUCAGUGCUUUGGCUGAGAACAUCUACUUGCUGAAGGUAAUCUGGACGUUCUAUUGUAUCUGUUUGAGGGAUGACUAUGUAGUGCUAUAUCAGUAUUUUACCACUGCUGAGGGUAUCUCAUUUUCAUUCAUUUGUGUGU